GAUCUCUGUCUCCUGAGAACAGCCCACAGCAACAAACGGACAGACAUGUCCUAUCUGGGAAUGUAGGAGCGAGCUCGUACGUCUCUUGCCCUUCGAAAAAAUCUAUAAAGACCACCCUCUUCUCCUUCAUUCGAUUUCCUUUCUCAUCAUCAACAAUCUCAUCUUCAUCUCACUUCAAUCACUUUCAAUCACCUUCAAUCAACUCUUCUCAAGCCUUUCAGCUUCAAACAACCAACCGCAAAUAUGCAAAUCUCCAAGAUCAUCACCACCAUUGUGGCCACUGCCUGUGUCUCCACUGCCGCCCCCAACGCCGCCCCCAAUGACGGUGGACACGGUGGCGAUCACUCCAACAACGGCAACAUCCAGUGCUCCAACGGCUCCAACUACUGCUGCCAGUCUCAGGCCGGUCUCCUCGCCAUCGGCUGCGUUCUCCAGAACGUCCUCGGUGCCUGCGCCAACCAGCAAGUCUGCUGCAGCAACACCGGUUCCGGAACCCAGAACUGUGUGAACCAGAACGGUCUCCAGGUCAACGUUGUGUUGUAAAUGCAACACUCGACCUGAUUCGGCUACUCGCCAAUACCGCCUUGGCCAGGUCCGCCGUACAGUUUUGCACAUACUCUCGCCGGUGCGCGUGAUCGGCGUGCGCAUGGUCGACAUUCCUUACAUAUUCUCGCAUAUGGCAGCAUGUGCGAGAUGGUUCCUUUUGUUCUCGGUGUUGGAGUGGAAAUUGGGUGAUAAUUCGGGCUUGUGGAAGGGUCUUUUCUAGUCUUUAGUCACGCGGAGUUGAGAUGGACGGGGACGCCUGUUGGGAUCUCCUGUGGCCUUAGUUUUAAUAGUGCUAGUAAUGGAUCGGAAUCUUGCCUUU